AUGAAAGACCUACAAACUUUGGAGGGCGCAGAAAGCGUGGUCGAAAAUGGCAGUGCAAGAGCCCAGGAAUGUUUGGAAAAGAACCUCAAUCUGACUGAAAACUUUUGUCCAGCUUACUAUGAUGGACUGUUAUGCUGGGAUCCAACACCAUGGUAUACAUUGGCUGUGCAAAAAUGUUUUAGCGAGUUUCAUGGAGUCCAGUACGAUGACACGCAGAACGCUUCCCGUUUGUGCUUGGAUGGCAUCUGGCACAACUACUCCAACUAUGUAAAUUGCACAGAACGCAUUGCGAACGUAUCGCCGACAGAUGUGACCAGCCUCAUCUAUCUGGCAGGCUAUUCUCUCAGUCUUGCCGUCCUUUCCCUAGCCGUGUUUGUUUUUCUGUAUUUUAAAGAUUUAAGAUGUCUAAGAAAUACUAUUCACACAAACCUAAUGUCUACAUAUAUAUUGUCGGCAUGUAGUUGGAUGUUAAACUUAGCUUUACAAAACUGGUCAGAAGAAGCUCAACAUGACCAAAUUUCGUGUGUUGUACUAGUGAUUUGCAUGCAUUAUUUCUACCUCACGAAUUUCUUCUGGAUGCUUGUCGAAGGCUUAUAUCUGUAUAUGUUAGUGGUUGAAACAUUUACUGCUGAAAAUAUCAAACUGAAGGUAUAUACCACAAUAGGCUGGGGAGCACCUGCAAUAUUUAUAACAAUAUGGGUGAUUUCGAGAUGCUUUGUAACCGUCGUCCCUUCUACUGGCCCUGAUGAAUUGGCAUUCUCAAGUGACACAAAGAUGUGUCUAUGGAUUCAUGAACAUCAAGUUGAUUGGAUUCACAAAGCACCGGCAUUAAUUGGAUUGGCACUAAAUCUAUUUUUUUUAAUCAGAAUUAUGUGGGUGCUGAUCACUAAGCUGAGGUCGGCCAACACGUUAGAGACAGAACAGUACCGAAAGGCAACAAAGGCGCUGCUUGUUUUAAUCCCUCUUCUGGGCAUCACUAAUUUGCUAGUUUUAUGCGGCCCUAGCGAUGAUUCGUGGUUUGCUCACGCCUUUGACUAUUCUAGAGCUUUAAUGUUAUCAACACAGAGAGAUGGAAGACAGGCAGAAACAUCGGUGGUGGAAGACGUAGAGGCGCAUCAUAUUCUAAAGACUGGUCGCCGCGUUCAAGAACGGAAAGCAUCAGGCUCACAGUAUGAAGAACUACGACUUGAUUCUGGAUCAUUAUCAAGGGAUAUGAUUAAUGAGAUAAAUCAAAUUAUAUACGAAGAGACUAAAAAAUACAAGGACGUGAUGUGGAUUUAG